AUGAAUGGCUUCCAAUCAGCUCAACAGCUGCGUAUGUUUGCUACUAAAAAGAAAACGCGCUUAACAUGGCGUCAAAAGGCCAAAAUCGAAGAACGUAGGCGUAAUCCACCACCACCACGUCAACAGCCUCGGACAAAGGUUCAGCGUCAGAAUUUUCUCAUUUCGCCGCCUCUAGACGAUGGUAAAAAGUGGAGGGUGCUGAGUGCUGGUGUCUUGGAACGUUUGCCAAUCAUUCAGCCUGAUUUAAAGGACUGGGAGAUGGAUUUUGAGGUCAUGCUUCAUGAGAAGGCGUUGCGAGAAGAUCAGCGAUUAGAGGAAGAUUUUUGGUUCAUGGAGCCCGGUACGAAGCACAUUACGCCCGAGGAGGCACCGUGGCCUAAUGAAGAAGAAGAUCCUGAUGAGAUUGUAGGGGCAGGCUUCCAUUUGGCUCCUCGUGAGACGGAAGAUGAUGCCAAUAACAACCGCAAAUCAUUGAACCGUGCGCUCAAGGGCCGUGUGUUUUUGCUGGUUAAAAAUAACCAGAAAGAUGCCAAGUAUCCGUGGUUUUUCCCGGUAGGUGACAAGCAGGACUCGGAGAAGAUGCGUGAAGCUGCACUUCGACAUGUUAAUGAGACGGUGGGUGAUGAUUUGGAAGCCACGCCAGUGGGGUUUGGACCCAUGGGCUAUGUGAAGUACCUGCAUGAAAGUGAUGAUGCUGAGUACGAUGGCACCAAGAUUUUCUUCUACAAGUCACAACAUUUGGACGGUGAUGUGGUACUGAACCAGGAAAAGGCUGGUGACUAUCUCUGGGUGACGAGGGAUGAACUGUCGGAGUAUCUUGAGCCAGAGAUCGCCGACUACAUCCAGAAGAUGGUACCACCGUGA